AUGGCUACUGAUGUAAUAGACGAAACUCGUUUUACAAGCCAAUGUUCUCUCUAUGAACCCGUUAGCCGUCGAAUACCCAUAGAUAUAAAACGUUAUUCAACAACAGGGUCGACAAUACCAUUAAUUGAAACAAGAUCAAGACCUAGACCAAUUAGUACUCCACACUUGAAACAGGCUGUUUCAACAAGUGCGCCUUCAAAUUCUACCAACACUAAUUCCAUCCAGAAUCGACACUCAACUUCUAAUGAUUUCUUAUCUUUAAUUCGAUCAGUUGCUAUGAAACCUUUCAAAACAUCAUCUGCAGUAAAUGCUGUGAUUGAAGGACAAACAAAUAAUGCUAUAGGUGGUAAUCAUGUACAUGAUAAACCAUCGGUCAGUCUUCUAAAAUAUCGUCCAUUAAGUGACAAUGUGAGCGAUCGAACAUUGUAUACACAAUCAACUCGUGAAACUGAAAAUUUUCUUAAACGUAUGGGUUGGCCAGUAAAUUCAUCAACGGAUGAAGCACGUGUUAAAUGGAAAAUAGCAAUGAAAUUUUUAAUUCCAAUGAAAUUUGAUGUUAAUCGAGCAAUUAAUUUGUAUAGAGCACAUGAAAAUGUUCGUAAAACUGAAAACCUCGAUCGUAUAUGGAUUAAUAAUCCUCAUCUUAUACGUGAAAUUCAAUCGAAUAAAUUUUUUUCUUUGCAACAAUUACCAAAUCAACCAUUGAAUGUUUAUUUUACAGCAGCACAUCUUAUUGAUAUUACAUCAACAAAUUCACUUUCACAACAAGAUCGAGAGUUAGUUUCGUUACAAGCAUUAAUUUGUCAACUUGAUGUUGCCACUGAAAGUGUGGAAAUUCAAAGUAGUGGUUUAAAUUUUAUUUAUGAUAUGCAAAAUUGUUCAGCAUUUCAAUUUGAUAAGAAUCUUUGUAGGAAAAUUCUCAAGCUUCUACAAGGUAAUUAUCCAGCCAUGGUAAAGAAUAUAUAUAUUAUUUCAGCACCAAAAUGGUUCAAGAUAGCCUUUAAGGUAACAAUGUAUACACCGGAUCAAAUGCGUGACGUACUUAUAACACAUAAUGGUUAUUCAUUAGAUGAUAUUCCAAUAUCAUUGGGUGGUUCAUUGGAUCCAACACUUGAUGGUAAUAUUCGUUAUCAAACAUGUUUAUCAACAGUAACUGAUUCUCAAUCAAUAUGUCAUUCAUAUUAUUCAUUGGAUUGUCAGCCUGUAACAACAAAAGCUACAAGUAAUAUUAUAUUUUAUAAUACUGAUCAUCAUCAUCAUCAUCAAAACCAAGAAACAACAUCAGCAUUAUCUUCAACAACAGUAUCGACAACAUCACCAAGAUCAUUAGUAGCUAUUGUCGCAUUAAGACGUCAUCAUGAAUCAUCAUCAUCAUCAUCAUUAUCAAAAGUGCGUGUACGGAAACGUGAAUCAUCGUCUUCCAGCGACAGUGAUAAACGACGACGAUCGAAUGAAAGUAUUAUUCAAGAAGAACCAUCAAUUAUGAACUCAUUAACUUACAUACCACAAGAAAUAUCUUUCGAGUAA